UUUAACGUCGAUGCGCUGAAAUUUACCAAAAUCCACCGGAAAAAUGUAAAAUCUAAUAAUCAGCAUGUACCAUUAAUAUGUAAUUGUCUCAUGUAUGUGAGAAUGUAAAUUAAAGAUGAAAGUUUUACAUAAAAAAUUAAGUGUUCGUUUGUUUUGUUUGUGAUUGUUGUUAUAUUUGUUAUUUGCACUAUGUCCUCGAAUAAUUUAACAAAGUCUGCUUCUGAAAAGGAUCAAAAUGAUAACAAUAUGUGUAAGAAACAUGGCUCACGGUCUGAUAAAGAUAACCACCGCUCUGGUUACCCGUCAAAUCUAAGUAAACGUGAGCUGGAGGACUUAUAUUACUCUCUAUUAGAGAAUAAUUUGGAGUUGAAGCGUACAAUCAAUGCCCAAAUUGAAAAGAUCCGGAUACUGUCAACCAAAGUGCAGAGAUUGUCGUCUCAGUCAAAAGCUUAUACGGGCAAGGAUUGCUGUGGUGCGGCCAAAGCUGUUAUUAAUGAACAAAGAGCGGGGAUAGCAGACCUAACUAAAGCUAACGAAGCCUUAGCCAAUAGGAUCCGGAAGCUUAGCACACAGCUGUGUACCGCCAAACAGUUUCUGAAACAGAAUCCCAGUAACCGGAGCCACAAGUGUUUUUCUCAUAAUUCUAUCAAAAUUCAUUCUUCAAUGUCUCUCCAAAAUAAGUUGUCAGCUGCCAACCCGAAUUCUGCUGCAGUGUCCACCACACAGAUUGAACAGAAAGACGCGGAAACGGUGUGCAACGAAAACAAAUGCAGAACUAUAGUGGAACAGUUUAAGCAAAAAAUAGAAGAUUUGGAAGAGGAACUAGCUAAAACACACUCGGAGUAUUCGAGCCGCAUGACACAAUUGGAAAACCAGGUGUCGCAGCUGCAGUCUGCCGUGUUGCGCGCGCGCAGCGAGCAGAGUUUACGCGUCAAGGAUUCCUUCGAGCUCGUGCGCGCAGUUAACAAAGCUGACGCGGACAAAGCGGAGUUAGAAACACAGUUAUCGAUCGAGAAACGAAAAGUGGCCGAGUUAGAGAUGCAGGUCAAGGCGGCAGAAUUAUCUCAACAGGUCGCCAAAACGGUGGAAAAUCACCUCAACACCACUUAUCAACUGCCCGUCCCGACCACAACGUCAACUAAGACGCCGAAUGAGCUAGCAGUCCCCGACGACAAACUGUCCAAAUCGGACGAUUCGGGUUACGCCGACAACCGACAAGAAACCGACAUUGACGAAAAGAAUAAUAAGACCAACCUAGAGUUGAUGAAAAGGAUAGAGGAAAUUCAAGCGCAAUUAGACGCCUUACAAUUUGCGAAGGUGACCAGCAAAACUCGCUAA